GCAGACAGAGCAGAGCACGAGAGCAGCGGGGACGCGGGUUCGCGUCUCGCGACUGGAACAUUCACGCUGCUCCGAGAGCAACGCAGCGAUGAGGAGGAUGUGACGUCAGGCGUCACGCGACCAAACUUUUCCCGCGCUCUCGUUGCCGCCUGCAUUCCGUCGCGCGCGCGCAGCAUAUUCGGUGGCCGCCUUGCGUUCGUCGCUGUGUUUAGCAUGACAAUGAGUGAAGAAGCACAACGGCUGUUCAUGACCAUGAUAAAGGAGUCACCGCUACCCGCAGCAUCAGCUGUCAUCGAUGCCUUGGCCACUCCUGAGAACGUUGGCGAGAUACCCGACGAAAACACCGCUGCGUCGGACGUGGGCGAGAGGGGACCGCAGCCAGCGCCAGAAGUGAAAAGAGGCGGCGGAGCUCCCGAGUGGACACCAGGAGAAACCAAACUGCUAUUAGAUUACUAUUACAAGUACUUUCCGCAGGUGGGCCCAUUCAAAAAGUUUAAAAACAAGAAGAUGCUUUUUAAGCAGGUUUCACAAGAUUUGGCUGAGGUUCUUGGAUGUAACAAAACGCCACAGCAGUGUGAAAAUCGCUAUAAAACAGUAAUGAGGCAGAAGAAAAGGGCAAGUGACAACAACAACAAAUCAGGUGCUUCACCUCAUCCUGUCCCAUUUGACGAUGAAAUGCGAAAAAUCCAAAGCAUUGAUGACAGUCUCGAGCCAGAGAUCCAAAGGGACUCUUUUGGAGUGACCCACAAGUCAACGUCAUCAAGCCCUGACAGCUCAGCUGAUCCACUUUCACCUGUGCCUGAAAUGUCCAGUGCUCCGUCGUGCAAUUCAGAAAGUGGUGAAAGUAUGAAUGGGUCAACAGAGGUGAGGAAAAGGGAAUGCCGUGCCAGUACCAGUCGUAUGCAGCAGAUGCAAUUUUUUUUUGAUCAAAUGAGGGCUAUAAGCGCAGAGCGAAUAGCUCAAAGGGAAAAGAGAGAAGAAGAAAAGGAGAAGAGGCGUGCUGAGCGGCAAGCUGAGCGCAUUCAAGAACGCCAGGAACGUCGCAAGAUGCACGAAGAUAAACUUCAGCUCAUCCGUGAGGCCUUGGGGCUCAAGCAAUAAAACAGUACACUUUGGAUGAACAUGUUUUUAUGAGUGUUUAUUUCGUGCAAGACAAAAACGUUUCUGUGCAUGGUC